CUACCAUCGAGAGCAGCUUCCGGCGUCGCUGGUGUAGGUGGGUGAAGAAGGAGCGGGCCCUAGGCGCCCUGUCUUAGUUCCUUGCGCUCUCUCGGCCAACAUGGCGGGUGUGGAGGAGGCAGCGUCCUGCGGGAGCCACCUGAAUGGCGACCUGGAUCCAGACGACAGGGAGGAGGGAGCUGCCUCUACGGCUGAGGAGGCGGCCAAGAAAAAAAGACGGAAGAAGAAGAAGAGUAAAGGAGCUGCCACAGCAGAACAACAGGAACCUGAUAAAGAAUCAGGAGCCUCGGUUGAUGAGGUAGCAAGACAGUUGGAAAGACAAGCAUUGGAAGAGAAAGAAAGAGUUGAUGACGAUGAAGAUGGAGAUGGUGAUGGAGAUGGAGCAACUGGAAAGAAGAAGAAAAAGAAGAAGAAGAAGAGAGGACCAAAAGUUCAAACAGACCCUCCCUCAGUUCCAAUAUGUGACCUGUAUCCUAAUGGUGUAUUUCCCAAAGGACAAGAGUGCGAGUACCCACCCACACAAGAUGGGCGGACAGCUGCUUGGAGAACUACAAGUGAAGAAAAGAAAGCAUUAGAUCAAGCUAGUGAAGAGAUUUGGAACGAUUUUCGAGAAGCUGCAGAAGCACAUCGACAAGUUAGAAAAUAUGUCAUGAGCUGGAUCAAGCCUGGGAUGACAAUGAUAGAAAUCUGUGAAAAGUUGGAAGACUGUUCGCGGAAGUUAAUAAAAGAGAAUGGAUUAAAUGCAGGCCUGGCAUUUCCUACUGGGUGUUCUCUGAAUAACUGUGCUGCCCAUUAUACUCCCAAUGCUGGUGACACAACAGUAUUACAGUAUGAUGACAUCUGUAAGAUAGACUUUGGAACACAUAUAAGUGGUAGGAUUAUUGACUGCGCUUUUACUGUCACUUUUAAUCCCAAAUAUGAUACAUUAUUAAAAGCUGUAAAAGAUGCCACUAACACUGGAAUAAAGUGUGCUGGAAUCGAUGUCCGUCUGUGUGAUGUUGGUGAGGCCAUCCAAGAAGUUAUGGAAUCCUACGAAGUUGAAAUAGAUGGGAAGACAUAUCAAGUGAAACCAAUCCGUAAUCUAAAUGGCCAUUCAAUUGGGCCAUAUAGAAUACAUGCUGGGAAAACAGUGCCCAUUGUGAAAGGAGGAGAGGCAACAAGAAUGGAGGAAGGAGAAGUAUAUGCCAUUGAAACCUUUGGUAGCACAGGAAAAGGCGUGGUUCAUGAUGAUAUGGAAUGUUCACAUUACAUGAAAAAUUUUGAUGUUGGACACGUGCCAAUAAGGCUUCCAAGAACAAAACACUUGUUAAAUGUCAUCAACGAAAACUUUGGCACCCUUGCCUUCUGCCGCAGAUGGCUGGAUCGUUUGGGAGAAAGUAAAUACUUGAUGGCUCUGAAGAAUCUGUGUGACUUGGGUAUUGUAGAUCCAUAUCCACCAUUAUGUGACAUUAAAGGAUCAUAUACAGCGCAGUUUGAACAUACCAUACUUUUGCGUCCAACAUGUAAAGAAGUUGUCAGCAGAGGAGAUGACUAUUAAACUUAGUCCAGAGCCACCGCAACACCUUUUAUUUUCUAAGCUUUGUUGGAAUACAUUAUACCAGAAAUAAUUUGCAACCUGUUGUCUGUUUAACAGUGGACCUAUGUAAUACUUUUAUCCAUGUUUAAAAAGGAAGGAAUUUGAUAAAAGGCAAACCAUUUAAUGUAAUUAACCAAGGAAAAAGCUUUCAGGACUUUGAAAUGUUAACUGUUUUCCUUCUGUCUAGGAAAUGCUAUAAAGCUCCAAUUAAUUAGGAAUGACCUAAUACAUUUUGUUUCAAACACCUAAGAGAUGCUUUUCACAUAUUUAUAUUGCCAUAUUCUUAAUUGAAUGCUUUGAAUGACUACAUCCAGUUCUGCACCUAUACCCUCUGGUAUUGCUUUUUAACCUUCCUGGAAUCCAUUUUCUACAAAAUAAAGACAUUUUCAGAUCU